GGCCGCUGGUGACCCUCGACCAGUAAUCACGUGGGUUAAAGAGAAUAGCGACUUGCCAGUUGGAAGAUCACAAGUCAGUGUGAAUGGAACACUUCAGAUAUGGAAUAUUAAAGAUGAAGACUCGGGAAUAUAUAUCUGCACAGCCACAUCAGCGCAACUGUUCAAAACGUCUUCUUUAAUGCAACUAACCCUUAGGAAAGUGUGCGAGCCUAUUGGUGUGGUGGACAGAAACAGAAUACCAGACGCUAAAAUGACUGCAAGCAGUUUUUACCGUGGUAGUUAUCAUCCUUUCUACGGUCGACUCAAUGAGAGCAGAGGACGAGGAGGGUGGUGCACUAAAACUACAUCUGACAGAACAGACUAUCUUCAAGUUGACAUGGGUGAAGUGCGUUUUCUUUGUGGUGUGGCUACACAAGGACUACAAGAUAGCUCUGCAUGGGCCACCAGCUACAAACUACAAUUAUCUACAGACGGUAUAACUUGGAACACUUACAAGGAAACGAAUAUUGAAAAGGUCUUCCAAGGAAAUUCAGACAGAAACAGCAUUGUGAAACAUCCACUCGGUGCUGACGUCAAGGCCAGAUACAUUCGGUUUUAUCCUGUUACGGAUUACGGUCAUCCUUGUAUGAGGGUUGAAGUAUACGUGCUUUUGAUGAAUUGUAUUCGUGUAGUGGAAAGUGACAUCUGUAUUUUUAUAAAUAAAGAUGUUUUCGUGAUGUCUCUCAAAGAUCGUUCUUUUCCAGUGAGUCCUGGAACGGCUCUGUCUGUUUUCUGUUUGCUUCUUUACUCUGCUGGAUUCAUUCGAUUCGAGACAAAGUUCAAUGAUUAUGAACAGAGGUUGAGGACUGUGGAGGAAUUUAUGCCUCAAGAUAAAAUGGAACAGGCACGGCCAGAUUUACAUUCGGCUGAACAAGGUGAAGUCAAAAACUGUCUGCAACCGCAAACCUUCCGUCUGAAGCGUGGUAUUUCACAUCUGCCUCCUUUCAACAACUCAGCAAAGAUAAGAGAGAUGAUGGAAGACAUCAUUUCUUUUACAUGGAAGGAAACAAAGGCAAUUUGCAGCAACAAAGGCAAUUUGAACGUAUGUCCCCGUGGGCGGCCGGGACCUCCGGGGAGAGCUGGACCAAAAGGUGACAGGCGGAGGAAAGGAAGAAAAGGAUCCCAGGGACUCAUGGGACCACCAGGAAGAAGCGGAAAACAAGGAGUCAUGGGACCACCAGGAAUAAGAGGAGAAAAAGGAAUAAAAGGAGACAUCGGGCCACCGGGUAUCCCUGGUAUCCCAGGGACUAAAGGUGAACCAGGCGAAUCCAUUUCAAAGCCGAAAGUAACAAUUUCUCCACCGAAACUAAUUAUCAACGAAACCAACACAGCCUCGUUCUUAUGCUCUGUUUCGGGAAAUCCAGCAGCUCAAAUAUUCUGGUCAACGGUCAAUGGAUCGUCACCUAGCAAUAGGACUAAAGUGACGUCAAAUGGUCAGAUGCAGAUCGUUAGUGUUCGGAUGGAAGAGGCAGGCGAGUACAAAUGCUUAGCGCGAAAUAUUCUGGGAGAGGAGGAAAAAACUGCGAUUCUCGUCGUACAAAAUAAACCGAAUAUCUCACUCUCCCCUGGGCCCACUUAUUUUGAAAAAGGCAAGAACAUCACGUUACCAAAAUGUCACGUGACCAGUUUUCCUCCAGCCGUCAUAACGUGGUCUAGAGUGCGCGGUGAACUUGCAUAUUCCAGGACUGUUGCGGAAGACGGACAGCUGUCGAUUAUCAGUGCUCAAAAGAGAGAUUCUGGUUUGUACGAAUGCAAAGCGUCAAAUGAUUUGGGUGACGACUCAGCUUUGACACUUCUAAGUGUUUUGGAGCUGCCACGAUUCACAUCAAAUCCUCCUGCUCAGCUCAAUGUUAGACAAGAACAAAAUAUUUCAGUCUCAUGUCAAGCUGCUGGUGACCCCAAACCAAAAAUCAUGUGGGUGAGAGAGAACAGCCAGCUUCCAGUUGGAAGAUCACAAGUCAGUCCGGAAGGAACACUUCAGAUAUGGAAUAUUAAAGAUGAAGACUCGGGAAUAUAUAUCUGUAUAGCCAUAUCAGCGCAAUUGUUCAAAAGGUCUUUAAUGCAACUGACUGUUGUGUGUGAGCCUAUUGGUGUGGUGGACAGGAACAGAAUACCAGACGCCAGAAUGACAGCGAGCAGUUUUUACAGUAGUUAUACUCCUCCCCACUACAGCCGACUCAAUGAAAGCAGUGGCCAUGGAGGGUGGUGCCCUAAAACUAGAUCUGACAGAACAGACUAUCUUCAAGUUGAUAUGGGUGAAGUGCGUUUUCUUUGUGGUGUGGCCACACAAGGAUUACUGAGGGGCUCUGCAUGGACCACCAGCUACAAACUACAGUUAUCUACAAACGGUACAACUUGGAACACUUACAGGGAAACGAAUAUUGAAAAGGUUUUCCAAGGAAAUUCAGCCAGAAACAGCAUUGUGAAACAUCCACUCAGUACUGACGUCAAGGCCAGAUACGUUCGGUUCUAUCCCGUCACGUAUCACACUCAUCCUUGUUUAAGGGUUGAAAUAUAUGUGCGGCUAAAUUGACAAAAAAAAACUAUUCAUUAAUCAACCAGCGCAUAUUGACAUAAGACUGACCCAAUAACACAAGGUAUGGAUCAUGAGGCCAUGCUAUUCAGACCGCAGAUAAUAAAUGAAACGUAAACAAACGAACAAGACAACAACAACAAAGACAAUUGUAGAAAAUAAGCAAACUAAUUUUUUUUUAUUUACACGUAGUCAUUAAAAAAAAGAAAGCAAGGGGGGAUGAGACUUUUUUCGGAGAUGGAAUUUCUGAGAGAAAAGUGUUAAUUGUUUUUGUGAAAGAACAACAGAAUGUCUAGCAAGGACCUCUUAAACUCCUACACAGAAAACAAAUAAAUCUGAAUUUCGAGGAUUGGGACAAUGGAUUAGAAGGGUCUUGUACAUGCCAAAUAACCUUGUGCAUCGGUGGAAUAGCAUAA